GGUCCCUGUGACUCGUUGUUUCCUCCACAGCCACACAGUGUCAGCUUUCUGCAAACACCACCUCACUUCUCCUUUGCACCCUGCAACAGGUGGCUGCAGCAGGGACAGCACAGAACAGAACCACCAGCAGCCCCAUGGCCCAGAGCGUGCUCUACGCCGACCUGAGAUUCGCCAAGGGGCCAGGGGGCCACGGCACAACCAGCCAGGUGCUGGAGGCAGCCAGCAUGGACGACACAGACAGCCCCUAUGAGAACGUUGUUCCGGGAUCAGCACCUGUGGGGACAGCAGGGGAAGGGACCCAGCACAGCCCAGGGCACUGGUCCCGGCGGUGCUGUGUCCCUGUGGGGCUUCUGGCAGUCAGCCUGCUGCUGUUGGUGGCCCUGGUGACCCUGGGGACCUGCUACUGGCAGGUGAACCACCAGCUGCAGAACGUAUCCAGGGAGCAGGCCACUGAGCGCGGCCACUUCUCACAGGAGGCACAGGUGUGGAAGCAGAGCCUGAGGCAGACACAGCAGGAGCUGGCAUGGGUGCAAGAGGAGCUGCAGCAAGCAUGGCAGGCGGCCCACCGCAGUCAGCAGGAGCUGGCCAGGCAGGAUGUCGAGCUGGUGCGUGUCUCAGGGGCCCUGAAUGCAACCCAGAAGGAGCUACAGGACGUGCAGGGGAAGCUCAGUGCCAUCGAGCAAGCAGCGAGCAGCCUGCGUGUCUGCCUGAAUGCAGACUGCUGCCCCUCGGGCUGGCUGCUCUACCGUGGCAAGUGUCUCUUCAUCUCGGCGGUGAAGAAGAACUGGUGGGACAGCCAUAGGGAUUGUGUGAAGAAGUCUUCCCAUCUGCUGAUCCAAGAUGAAUGGGAGUCGUGGAUGCUGCCGUUUUUGCAAACAGGUGGUGCCAGGUACUGGAUUGGAGGAAGAUACUGGCCAUCAGAUAUUCAGAAGCUGAAUAAGAAGCCACAUAACAUGGGAGAGCUUACUUACUGUGUAGCAACAGCCUAUGGGAUGAUAGACCAGAAAAACUGCAGAGAGGAUUAUGCAUGGAUCUGUGAGCAAGCCCCAAAUAUGAGCGGUGUAUCAGAGAGCAUCUUUUCUCUGCUUGCUGAAGAGUGACUCUGGCACUCCUCCAUCGCAGGACUUGGAGACAGAAGCUAUGGAUACAAAAGGAAGACAGCCUUCCGGUUGUGCAUGGCACCGUGCUUGUGGCUUGACAUGGUCUGGGGAGGUAGAUGGGGAAAGAGAGUGUUUUACAACUUGCCUGUCUGUUUCUCACACUCACGCCCAUCCUUGAUACUUGACAAUAAAUUCAGGGCCUUCAGCAGUUAAUUCAAA